UUUUGUGUUCUCUCUUUUCAAAUCCUCGUGAUCAGUUAUAUUUUAAUGACGAUUGUUACAAUGUUGCAAUCGGUUACCUUUGAUAACAGUAUGCUAUAAAUGACAAUUCCAUUAGACUUGGUCGCUGAAAACCAGAGAGCAAGCAUCCCUGAUCGGUUAGUGCGUAAUCGUCCGUGUCGCUUGGUGAUAACGCUUCAUUGGCCAGUGCGCGGUUGCAAUUUUGCUUUGAUCAAUCGUGCCCCUCAGUUAGCAUUCUGCAUCACCCAGGAUGAAGUCGAAAGCAUCCUUUGCUCUUCUCUUAAUCUAUACAGUGUGUUUGAGUGUAGUCGGUUGCGGAAGGGUGCUCUUUUUGAUUCCUUUUCCCGGAUCAAGCCACUGGUUGAUGUUCAAGCACUUUAUAAGGGAAUUGACCGAUAGAGGACAUGAGGUAACAGCUGUGACCAGUUACAAAUUUGGUGAACCUAUUGAUAACUAUACUGAAGUGCUGAUAGAUCCGAGUUAUCCCAUUCUCGAGAAGUUUCCAAUUUCAGCGGUCUACAGCUCACAAGACUAUCAGAACGAUUUUAAAAACCUGUUUUUAUAUUGGCGAUUGGGACUAGAAACCAGCCGUUAUGCUCUGGAGAACUCCAACGUCCAACAGUUCAUUCGUCGCAAAGAUGACCAUUAUGACCUUAUCGUGGCCGAACAAUUCUUCCAAGAAAGUUGGCUUAUGUUUGCACACAAGUUCGAUGCUCCGAUCAUCACCAUCAGCACCAUAGGUUAUUCAGACUAUAUGGAUCGGGCGAUGGGACUACUAACACCGUGGUCUUUCGUGCCUCACAUGCUGCUGGACUAUGACGAUCAGAUGAGUUUCUACCAACGUGCCUACAACACGCUUCUGUCAAUGGUCGACUAUAUCGGCCGAGAGCUGCACUACCUUCCAGAGCAGAACAAGCUUGCAGAGGAAAUCUUCAGCCGUUUCGCUGAACACCGUGGGCCUUUGCCCACCGUCCAGUCGUUGGAGAAAUCCAUCUCCGCAAUGCUGGUCAAUAGCCACCCAACCCUAGCAAAGCCACGACCCUCCAUGGUUGGAAUUAUCAACAUUGCUGGAGCACAUAUCAAACCACCCAAACCACUACCGCAAGAUCUUCAACAAUUUAUGGACGAAGCCGAGCAUGGGGUUAUCUACUUCUCCUUAGGAGCCUACCUGCAAAGCUCACUAAUGCCCAUGGAAAAACGAUCCAUUAUCCUGAGUGUGUUUGCGAAACUGAAACAACGCGUGAUUUGGAAAUUCGAAUCUGAAGAUCUCACGGACGUCCCGGAUAAUGUGCUGAUUCGAAAGUGGGCUCCACAGAAUGACAUCCUUGCUCAUAAAAAUGUGAUUCUCUUCAUUUCUCACGGUGGCUUGUUCGGGACGUACGAAUCCAUGCAUCAUGGAGUUCCAACGUUGGUCAUACCGUUCUUUGCCGAUCAACCUCGAAAUGCCGCUAGAGGAGUUCGUAGCGGAUAUGCCAGAAAGCUUGGAUUCAAGGACAUAUCAGAGGAAUCACUUUUCAACAACAUCCAGGAAAUGAUUCAAAACGGAGAGUAUUCCAAGCGAGCGAAAGAAAUAUCCGUAGUUUUUAGAGACAGACUGACGAAUGCAAUGAACGAAUCGAUUUACUGGAUGGAGUACGUAAUGCGAAACAAGGGUGCCAAACACUUGAAAUCUAAUGCGGUAAAUCUAUCGGUGAUUCAGUACCUUCUAUUGGAUGUUGUCGGACUUGCAUUGCUGGUUACAGUGCUCUUAGGAGUGAUUUUGAGAGUUUGUUGCUCUUCACGGAAGCAAGAUUUUAGGCAUAAAAGGAAGCAGAACUAAGUUUUCUAUGCAGAAUAUUAUCUAACUAUGAAAUAAAUCACAAUAAAUUAUUA